GCACCAGUUAGACUGGAACAGCAGAGCUCACUGGUCAUAUGAUCCCUGGUCACCGCAGCCUGAACACAGUCUCCUGCUGCCUGAGCCUCACCUGGAUCCGGAGGAACCAUGUCUGUGGUGAAGCUGGAGCAGAGCCGAGAGCGGAUUCGCACAGAGCUGGACAACGUUGUAGACUUCUGGCUCAAACACUCUCAUGACACUGUACACGGAGGAUUCUUCACUUGUAUUGGGAGAGAUGGGGCGGUUUAUGAUGAGCUGAAGUACGUCUGGCUGCAGGGUCGACAGGUAUGGAUGUACUGCCGCCUGUACCGAACCAUGGAUCGCUACCGCAGGCCUGAAAUCCUUGAAGCAGCAAAAGCUGGAGCAGCGUUCCUCAGAAGGUUUGCUCGUGUCAGUGGUCAGUGGAAAUGUGCCUUCUGCUUAACAAGAGACGGUAAAGCAGUCAAAGUUCAGAGGACGAUAUUCAGUGAGUGUUUCUACAUCAUGGCCAUGGAUGAACUGAGCAGAGUCACUGGUGACAAGGACAUGCAGCUGGAGGCUGAGCAGAUGAUGGAGCAGUUGAUCCACUGGGUUCGAGUGGACUCGUCAGGCCUGGGCCGGCCCCAGCUUCCUGGAGAUGUUGCCACGAACAGCAUGGCAGUUCCCAUGAUGCUGUUGUGUCUGGUGCAACAGCUCACUGAGGGCCGGGGUCAGGAGGUGGUUCAGAAGUACAGAGAGCUGGGCAGCUGGUGUGUACAGCAGAUUCUCCAGCACAUCCAGAGAGACGGCACAGCUAUUUUAGAGAACGUGUCACUGGAAGGAGCGGAGCUGCCGGGUUGCCAGGGCCGACUGCAGAACCCAGGACAUGCCCUGGAAGCAGGCUGGUUCCUGCUUCAGUACAGUGCAGAGUGGGGGGACGAGGAGCUCCAGAGGACUGCCAUCAACAAGUUUGUGGAGCUGCCUUAUCGGUGCGGCUGGGAUAAAGAGCAUGGUGGGCUCUUCUACUUCCUGGAUGUGGAUGGUCACUGCCCCACACAGUUGGAGUGGAACAUGAAGCUAUGGUGGCCUCACUGUGAGGCUCUCAUCGCCUUCCUGAUGGCCUACAGUCAAACCAAGAAGCCAGAGCUGCUGGACAGAUUCUCUGAGGUGUAUGAAUACACCUUUAGCCAUUUUUCUGAUGCUAAGAGCAGUGAGUGGUUUGGCUAUUUGACACAAGAAGGGAAAGUAGCGCUGGAUUUUAAAGGAGGCCCCUUUAAAGGGUUCUUCCAUGUGCCUCGCUGCCUGUACAUGUGUGAGCGUAUUCUGGACGAUUUGCUGGCAAACAAGGACUGAGCAUUCUCACAUGAAUUUUAUAAUAAUGGGACUUAUUCUGAUUUGUGUGUGCUCUUUAAAUCAAACUACAGUAUUCAGGUUAUAAAGCAAAAUUGCACUAAUUUUCAAACAUGCAUUUCUGUAAAAUUACUUGUUUCAUCUCAUGACAAAUGUCCAGUCACUGAGCGGCUCAUAAAUUCAUUGACAAGUUAUAUUACAGCAGUACUGCUGCAAACAGGAAACAGUCUUUUUUUUUUUUUAUAUGUUAAAUGUAUAACAGUCCUGCAUUUUCCACUUCACCUGGCUGCAUGUCUGUGGACUGUAGAAGGACACUAUCAUGGACACAGGGAGAACCUCAGAGAUACCUCAGCAUGCUGGGUUGAGUUCCAUCCCAGAAUCGACACUGUCUCUCUAUCAUCACACAUAGUAAAACAUUAGCACCAAAAAACGUGCCUUUUACAUGCAUACUGAACUUUUAAAGAGCAUGUAUCUCUACAUCCUAUUCAUUCCAGUUUACAGUAUUCAAGCAUAUGGACUGCUUGUAUAACAUCCUGGUGAACUGUAAUGUAUGUCAGAGAAAAAUUAAAGCUACAGUUUCUUACUGCUAAUCACAUGUUUGACAUCUGUAGACUUGCAGGCCAGUUAAUGUUCAUUAUAUAAUUCAACGUGUACAUUGAAAUAUUGAAGCUGAUGAUUAAAUGUGAAAUAUGA